AUGCCUGGCAAGUAUUCGCAUAGCGUCGUUCUUGCGGACUAUUCGACACGAGGUCUGAUUGUUCUCCCACCAGAUCAGCACGAUAAAUAUCUGGAAUCGGCUCCCAAGCCACAGAAGAAACCACAUCAUGAGCAACAACGACCUCGAUCAGCCCAAGCCAUAUACAAGCCCCCAACCUCCACCGUAGAGGGUUGGGAAAGCUUGCUUGCUGAAAAACCAAACACACAACGCCGCUACGCGUACAAGCGAAUAUCUCGACCGGCCACCAUGAAACUAGGCCUCAAGCAUCGAGGGAUUUGCGGUAUUACGAACGAUUGUCCUACAGUAGUCCUGCAGUCAAUGUGGUUCGGCCGCCGGAGACCAAAACAGCAUAUCAACGACAGCAACAAAGAGUCGGUGCUGCAAGUCAGGUCCACGAUCGCCAACGUGCGUACAACGAUAUAA